UAACAUGACUAUCGUACUAGUGUCUUUGAUUCUCGGAGCGCUCAUAGCUCUUUACUUUUAUCUGACGCGAAAUUACAAGUACUGGCAAAAAUGUGGAGUUCCAUGUGUGGAUGGAGCCUUGCCGGGGUUCGGCAACAUGUUGUCGGUGAUCAGCAUGAAGACGCAUAUUUCGGAUUUUUGUUCGAAGAUCUACAAUGACAACAAAGGUCGCAGCAUGAUUGGGAUCUAUAACCUUACGUCACCAGCGUUAAUAAUCAUUGAACCGGAAUUAGUGAAGAUUGUGCUGCAAACUAAUUUUUCAAGUUUUGCCGAAAAUGCUCUACACGUUGAUGACCAAACAACAGAAGAUCUCUUGUCAUAUAAUCCCUUCGGCCUUUCCGGUGAGAAGUGGUUAAACAGCAGAAAACGGUUGAGUUACGCAUUUUCCAGCAUGCGAUUAAAGAUUCUGCUCGAAAGCGUUAAAAAGGUGUGUACAACGAUGGAGCACUACAUGGACAGAAAGCUGAGCAACAACGAGACAGAAUUCGAAAUGAAGGCAUUAUUUUCCAGAUACACCGCGCAGGUAGUAGCUGGUGCUGGAUUCGGCGUAGAUGGAUACUGCUUCGAUGACGAAAAAAAAGAUAUAUCUUUUAGAAAACUCGGACAAGCCAUUUUUAAACCGUCUAUACGAAGUACAAUUAUGUUUGCUAUCAUAUUUCUCAUUCCAUCGUUGAAUAAAAUCUUCAAACUAAGUCUAAUCCCAAAGCACGUCGACAAUUUCUUCAGGACAUUAGUUGCAGAACUCUUAGAACAAAGAAGAAAGGACGGAAUACCUAGGAAUGAUUUUCUUCACUUGAUGGUCGAACAGGAACGAGCAGAAGAUGAUAAAUUCGACCUUGCAAUGGUCACGGGUCACGCUAUGUCGUUCAUCAUCGAUGGUUAUGAGACGUCCAGCACUGUUAUGAGUUUCAUUGGAUUUGAUUUGGCUUGUCAUCCAGAAAUACAGGAGAAAUUACGAAAAGAGGUAUUAUCCGUACUUAACAAAUAUAACGGAGAAAUCACUUAUGAAGGCUUAAAAGAGAUGACAUAUAUGGACCAAGUCUUCAAUGAAACACUCAGAUUGUUAUCCGGAGGAUUCGUAAUGAAGAAGCGUUGCACGGAAGAGUGCGAACUGAAAGGCUCUGAUGGAGUUGUCUGUCGCGUGCCACCUGGAAUGGAAAUUUUAAUACCAGUUCCAGCUUUCCAUAAGGAUCCCCAAUACUGGGAGAACCCCGAGGCAUAUGAUCCUGAAAGAUUCAACUCGGAGAGGAAACACAGCAUCGAUAAAUUCACGUUUCUUCCAUUCGGCGAAGGCCCGCGAAUCUGUGUUGGCAUGAGAAUGGCCCAGUUGCAGAUAAAGGCAGGUUUGGCUAUAAUUUUGAGAAAAUACAGAUUGGGACUAUCCCCGAAAACGCAAAUACCCUUAAAGAUGAUUCAUGGCACUAUAUUACCGACACCAAAAGGAGGUCUUUGGGCAUAUUUUAAGCAGCUUUAAAUACAAAUAUCUUCUUUUAAUUUUUUCAAGUUUUUAAUUGUACAUAUUUUUCAAUAU